AUGCGUCCGCCAGAGAUCUUUGAACCAGAUGUGUCACCAAGAGAAUUCCUUGAAACAGAUGCCGAUGAUGGGGUGGAGGUUAUAAUGGGACAUUCGUUACAUGAAGGGGAUGAGCCACUUCAUAAAUUUCAUUUGCCACACGCAAAGAAGUCUAUUUCUAGUAGCAGUGAACCAAAAAAAAGACCUUCCACAUCUCAACUUUCGGUAUGA